AUGUCGAUUUCGGUGCAAGAGCUGGACAACACCGUCCGAGCCUUCUAUGAAGGCAAAGGAGAGGUGCAAAAACAAGCCCAGCAGAGCCUCACUGAAUUUAAACAAAAUCCUGACGCUUGGGUUACCGUGGGAAAUAUCCUGCAGGAAGCCUCCUACCCACAGACCAAAUACAUCGCUCUUCAGGUCCUCGACGAUGUUAUCAUGACACGGUGGAAGGUUCUUCCAAGAGAUCAGUGCCAAGGAAUCCGCAAUUUCAUCGUCAAUUUUAUCAUCGAAAAUUCCAGCUCUGAAGAAAAGCUCCACACCGAGAGGGCCUUCUUGAACAAGCUUAAUCUAGUCCUGGUCUCCAUCUUGAAGCAGGAGUGGCCUCACAACUGGCCUACCUUCAUCAAUGAGAUUAUCACCUCUUGCCAUGCCAGUCUAUCCAUCUGUGAAAACAACAUGGCCAUUCUACGCUUGCUGUCAGAAGAGGUGUUUGACUUCUCUCAAGAUCAGUUGACUUCCGUCAAGGCUCGGAACCUGAAAACCUCCAUGACCCAGGAGUUUGCGUCCAUUUUCCAACUUUGCUCAGAGGUUCUCAGUACCGCUAACCAGCCUUCGCUCAUCAACGCUACCCUUGAGACUUUGCUUCGUUUCCUCAACUGGAUCCCUCUCGGUUAUAUCUUUGAGACGCCCAUUAUCCCUACCCUGCUGGAGCGAUUUUUACCUGCCCCCGAAUUCAGAAACAUCACCCUCAAGUGUCUCACGGAAAUUGGUAGCUUGCAGAUUAGUGCUCCCUUCAACUGUGAUGAGAAACUGGUGCAGAUGUUCACCGAAACUCUGGGCGCCGUGGUCAACGUCAUUCCUCUUAGCCUCAAUUUGAAAGAGACAUACGCACAGAGCAACGGAAACGACCAGGAGUUUGUCGCCAACCUCGCUCUUUUCCUGUCCAGCUUCUUCACUACUCAUCUGGACCUUAUUGAAAAGUUACCAAACCAAGACUACCUUACCCAUGCACACUACUACCUGAUUCGCAUCAGUCAAAUCGACGACCGGGAGGUAUUCAAGAUCUGCUUGGAUUACUGGACUCGAUUGGUGCAGGAGCUCUAUGAGGAGAUGCAACAACUUCCCAUUACCGAUCUCAACCCACUGGUCACAAUGGGUGUCAGUGGCCUGGCCAACGGUGGAGCACCUCACCCCAACACUUUGGCCAACUAUCCCCUCCGCAAGCACAAGUACGACGAUGUUUUGACCAACCUGCGUACCGUCAUGAUCGAGAAGAUGGUGCGCCCAGAAGAAGUUUUGAUCGUGGAAAACGACGAGGGUGAGAUUGUUCGCGAGUUUGUUAAGGAAAGCGACACUAUUCAGUUGUACAAGACCAUCCGAGAGUGCCUCGUCUACCUCACCCACCUGGAUGUCGUGGACACCGAGACCAUCAUGAUCGAUAAGUUGGCUAAGCAGGUUGACACGUCGGAGUGGUCUUGGGUCAAUUGCAACACGCUAUGCUGGGCAAUUGGAUCCAUCUCAGGAGCCAUGAACGAGGAAACUGAAAAGCGUUUCUUGGUGACCGUCAUCAAGGAUCUCCUGGGUCUCACAGAGCAAAAGCGCGGGAAAGAUAACAAGGCCGUUGUCGCAAGCAAUAUCAUGUAUAUCGUUGGCCAAUACCCCCGGUUUUUGAAGGCCCACUGGAAGUUCUUGAAGACCGUGGUGAACAAGCUCUUUGAGUUCAUGCACGAGACUCAUGAAGGUGUGCAGGACAUGGCCUGUGAUACGUUUAUCAAGAUUGCCAAUAAGUGCCGACGACACUUUGUGGCCCUCCAGCCUGGCGAGUCAGAGCCUUUCAUUGAGGAAAUUGUGCGAAACAUGCAAAAGAUCACUGCGGAUCUGUCACCGCAACAGAUUCACACUUUCUACGAGGCAUGUGGUUACAUGAUCUCUGCCCAGGGCCAGAAGGGUGUCCAGGAUCGUCUGAUUGAGAAUCUUAUGGCGCUGCCUAAUUCUGCUUGGGACCAGAUCAUUUCCGACGCAAAUCGAGAUGCUGCCACCCUCCAGGAUGCCAAUACCAUCAAGAUCAUUGGUAACAUCAUGAAGACCAAUGUUGCUGCGUGCUCCUCCAUUGGAACCUACUUCUAUCCCCAGAUUGGUCGCAUCUAUCAUGAUAUGCUAAACAUGUACCGUGCCUCCAGCGAGCUCAUUAACACUGCAGUAGCUACUGGUGGGAGCAUUGCACCAAAAACACCCAAAGUUCGUGGGUUGCGGACUAUCAAGAAAGAAAUCUUGAAGCUCAUCGACACCUACGUGGAGAAGUCCGAUGACCUCAUCAUGGUUAAUGAAAGUAUGGUUCCACCUCUUCUAGAGGCUGUCCUUGUUGACUACCACCGGAACGUUCCCGAUGCGCGAGAGGCAGAGGUCCUCAAUGUCAUGACUACCAUCAUUCACAAGCUUCACAAUUUGAUGGAGGACAAGAUUCCAGCCAUCAUGGAGAGUGUAUUCAGCUGCACCUUGGAAAUGGUCAACAAAGAUUUCCAUGAGUACCCAGAACACCGUGUCGAGUUCUUUAAGCUUCUCCAGGCCAUCAACCUGUAUUGCUUCCAGGCCCUUCUGAGACUUGACGGCACACAAUUCAAGUUUGUCAUUGACUCUUGCAUGUGGGCCUCGAAGCACGACAACCGCGAGGUUGAGAACACCGGUCUCAGCAUGUGUCUGGAACUGAUGAACAACAUGGCCGAAGCUGAUGUGCAGACGUCGGCCAUCUUUUUCCGUCAAUUCUACAUUUCAAUUCUCCAGGAUGUUUUCUUUGUUCUUACUGAUAGUGACCAUAAGGCCGGAUUCAAAUCUCAAGCCAUGCUCCUGUCUCGCAUGUUCUACUUUAUAGAAGCUAGCAAGAUUCAAGAGCCCAUCUAUUCUCCUGAACAAGCUCCAGUUGGUACCUCGAACAAGGAGUUUGUUCAGCAGUAUGUCGCAAAUCUGUUGCAAAACGCGUUCAAGAAUCUUCAAGAGGUGCAAAUUAAGCAAUUUAUUCUCGGUCUCUUUGCAUACACCGAUGACUUCACCAAGUUCAAGACUCACCUGCGGGAUUUCCUAAUUUCGUUGAAGGAAUUCUCAGAUGAUAAUGCCGAGCUCUAUGCUGAAGAGCGAGAACAGGCUGUGCGCGAUGCCCAGGCUGCUGAGAGAACUCGUGCCAUGAAGGUUGGAGGCUUGCUGAAACCAUCUGAGAUGGACCAGGAAGACGAGCUGUGA